UUCAUCAGGUGAAAAUUGGCGGGAAACCGGCAAGUAGAAUUCAAUGGUCGGAACAGCAUUAUGGCAUCAUUGAUGCCUGGCGGCAAGACGAAGCUCGCGUUUACGUGCGUUUACGACGAAUUUUGAUCAUCAAGGCUGAUUCUUCGGAUCUCGAAUUACAGCGGGCGCAGUGUCGACCACUACCCACCUUCUCCACCAUCGCAAUGAUGACACAUAUCGCCAGUUCUGUCAAGAAAGAGGUAUCCGCAGAAUCUGUUGGAUUGCGUCGCUCACCCAGGAAUUUGCCGCAGCAUAUAAAAGAAAAGUUGGAACAACCAGAACCUGAAAGAGAGCCCGACAUAAAAACUUUGCCUUCAAUUGUCUUCAAGGGGUGUAUUCAAUACACUAAUGACUUCUUUAACUGUGCUCAGAUCUGUGACAAUCUUAUACAAGAAGUAAAGCUCAGUGAGAAGGAGAUUGUGCCGAUAGGUUUUGAUCUGGAGUGGCCAUUCAACUUUCAAACUGGCAGUGGAAAAACGGCACUGGUGCAGAUUUGCUUGGAGGACAGUGUGUGUUAUCUCUUGCAUGUGUAUUCGUUGAAGAAACUCCCAGCAGCAUUCGUUCAACUCCUGUGUCACUCGAAAGUCAGACUCGUUGGUGUCAAUAUUAAAAACGACGUGUGGAAGUUAGGGAGGGAUUUCAAAGAGUUUCCUGCUCAAAAAGUGGUAGAGAAUAAUUGUCUGGACUGCGGGACUUACGCUAAUCGUGUCUUGAAGCGCUCUUGCCGUUGGAGUUUGGAAAAAUUGACUGCUUAUUUGUUGAAGAAGAAAAUCAGCAAACUUUCCGAGGUGCGAAUGAGCAAAUGGCAUAUACAACCCCUCACCGACGCUCAGAAAAGUUACGCAGCCACAGAUGCUUAUGUAUCCCUUCUGCUUUACACAACACUUGAUGCAAAGGCCAUUACUAUAGAAAAGGAAAACCAAAACGAUGAGAAUUCGGUAAAUUUUUCAAUUUAA